AUGAUUAAAAAAGAUUAGAUAUAUAGAAACUUUUUAUGUAGAAAUUGGAGGAUCAGCAAUUAGAUUUAUUGCUUCCAUAUUGUUAUUACACUUUUUAGUGUCAUUAUAUUUGCAAUUAGCAAUUUAAUUUAUAUGUACAUUGUCACAGAAGAAUUAAUGGCUAUUACUUAAGAAAUAUUUGAUAAAGAAACUUAGAAUCAUUUGAAUAUGUUGAGUUAUUUAGAAAGAUCCUCAACUUUAGAUGUCUUUGAAGAUAGUGCAAGAUAGCUUUUAUCGAUUAAUUAGUUGUAUUAGAUGAUAGAUAGUAAUUUCUUUAUUGAAAUGCCUUAGGAUUGCUUAAAUAAUAAGUAAUAUAAUGAUUCAUAUGCAUACUUUUUUUCAUUUUGUUAUGCUUUUUGUAAUUUGACAAAUGGAUUAAAUAUUAGUAAAUAUGAGAAUAUAUUAAAAUUAACAUCGUUAUUAACUGAAACUUUAAGAAUUUUUGAUCUUUAAUUAAUAACUCUGAUGGCGCAUGUAGGAGAAGAAUAGUUUUUUACUUAAAACAGAGGAUACGAAAUUUAGAAUUAUUACCCUCACACUAGAUAAUGGUAUAGAGAUCAUAUGGCACAAAUGGGAACAGGAAAAAAGAUAAUUGUUAGUGAUCCAUAUGUUUCAUGGAUUGAUGUAGUUUUCAUUUCAUAAACAACAAAUUUAUCUCAUGUUUAGUUUGAUGGAUUGAUAGGUCAGGAUUUGGAUUUUUCAAGGAUGCCUAAAAUAUAAACUAAUACAUCACAAUAUUAUUUGGUUGAUGCCAACGGUAAUAUAGUAAUAAGCGAUCUUUAUGCUAAUGGAAUUGCUGUUUUAAUAAAAAUAUAUAAUUAAAGCUUAACAGGUUUUAAUGAAACUGAUUGGAAUAUUUUAAUUAAAUUAGAUUAAAAUAUAUUUUAUUUAUACAAUAGUGUGUAUAAGAAAAAUAUCAUAGUUUUAAGAACGAAAUUGAUUGAAUUAAAUUAUUUCAUAUUUGUGGUGUAUGAUGCAAGUUAAUACUAGAAUUAGUAUAUAGAAAUUUAUAAUAAAUAGAUUGGGUUCUAAAAUUAAUCAAUUUAUUUAAGUUUAAAAUUAUUUGGAACUUUUUUUAUGUUAACAUUAUUGUUUUAGAUUGUGAUCAUUACUUAUAUAAUGAGUGAUCUAAAACAGUUGGAAAUGAUGGCUACUAAAAAAAUUGUAUAUUUUUAUAAGAGCACAGUAGAAUUCACCGAAAAAAGAUUUAGUUCCUCUAUAGCUAGAUUGUAUAAUGCCUACACCAAAUUGAUAAACAAUUUUGAUUCACUUGGUCAAAUACAUAAGAGUGAAUUAUGUUAUAAAAUAUAAUCAUUAGAGUUUCCACAGAAGUAUAGAAUGUUAAAAUGUUUUAUUCCUUCAGAUAAAAUCCCAAGAAAAUAAAAAUAUAAUUUAACUAAAUUACUUUAAUACUUUAUGUAUUUUAAAAAUGAAACCAAUCUUUGA